UCUCUCCCCCUCUCCUAUACUGCUAUACAAGGGCCCCAAAGUAUCUAUUCUCUCUACUAGCUAGACUACUAAAGUAUAGUACACUUUUUCUCUCAUCUUUUGUUCUAUACUGCUCUUGGUUGGGCAAGUCCAUUUCUGCAUAAAGGAAAUUGAGGAGGAAAAACAAGAAGAGAAAUGUAUGGUGCUCACCAACAUGACCACCAUUUUCCUUGCUUGCAUUGUCACCCACAAAGCUACAUCAGGAUGGUCCAGCAUCUAAUAGAGAGGUGUCUCCUCCUCCACAUGACUCGCGAGGAUUGCGUCAGGGCCCUCGCUAAGCGCGCCAAUAUUCGGCCCCUCGUCACCCUAACAGUGUGGAAAGAGCUGUUGAAAGAGAACAGAGGCUUCUUCACUGCAUACUUCCAAGAUGAACCUGAUCAAGAGAGGGUGUCAAGAACCAUGAAAAGUAGGAAGCAGCAAGCAAGGUGGAAAAAUACAUGGAGAGUGCAUUUAGCAGAAGCUGCAGAACAUGCAUGGAGUGAAAGAAACUAACGGAAACUAGUUUGGAAAGUAGUGACUACUGCCGCUUCUCACAGCCUGUGUGGCAUUCUUGUCUUCUGUGUUCCAUUCAUCAUAGAUGGAAAAAUACAUGGAGAGUGCAUUUAGCAGAAGCUGCAGAACACACAUGGAGUGAAAGAAACUAACGAAGGUGUCUUAUUCCACAAAGCACAAUUUGCUUGGUCCAACCAUACAAAGGUCUAUCAAUCAAUGCAAGAUCCCACUAGACACAAGACCAAUGUAUGCAUAUAAGAUUAUUAUGAAUGAAUGGUUCAACCAGACUUUUACACCAAAGAUUGCCAAACUAGGCCUAAAUCAGUUUGAGAAAAGACAUUUUCAAAGGCACUUGAAGAGACUCUAUAUGCCUGACUUGCCUCUAUAUGGAGGCCCAAGUGAUACAGGCAAUAGCUAAUCCUUAAUCACUUUUGACGGCUAUCUUGUAUUUCAAAGCCCCAUUUGGUACCUACAAUUGAAUUGGCUAGAACAAGAUGAGUAAGCUAUUUUGAGGCCGAGGGAGGAUAUAAUUUGGAGGCAUCAAGGCUUAAGAUGAGAAGGCGGAGGAAAGGGAUUUCUUGAAUCUAGUCUCAUUCAAUCCCAAUUCGCAGGUGGGAUUUAAUGAUCCCAUCCUAAUUGACUUGCUUGGAAUCGAUAAUGCCAAACCCUCCCC